GCCACUUAUAAAAUAAAUGAUAUAAAUACGCUACGUCUGUUUUUAAAAUUGUCUAAAUAAAAAGUAUCGUAUAAGUUCGUUAUUAGGUUAAAAAUGUUACGAAAUUUAGCGGUGACAUUUAUUUUAUUUGUGUGUGCUAUAAGUGCCAGCGAUUUCGAUCUUCCCGCCAUUUAUCAAAUUACCGAACCAGUAGAUCACGCCGAAGGACCAACAUGGGAUUCCAAAAGAAACAUGCUGUUUUUUGUGGAUAUUCAUGCAGGUGGCAUUUACAGCUUUAAUUUCGAAACAAAGGCUGUUAAUCACAUAAAUCUAAAUGGGGAUGUUACUCCCGUGAUUCCAUGUAAAACAAAUCAAAACAUGCUGGUUAUUGGAUUAAACAGAUCUGUGGCGACCGUUGAAUGGGACGGAACAAACGAACUUGGACAAGUAAAAGUUUUAUCAACAGUUGCCGAAGAAUUUCCGGCAAGUAGAAUGAAUGAUGGAAAGGCGGAUCAAAAAGGCAGGCUGUGGUUUGGAACCAUGGGUGCUGAAGAUACAAAUACCGGUGAACUUGUUCCGAAUCAAGGUAUUUUUUAUAAAUUUGAAAAAGGAAACUUAGGUAACCCAACCGUAGAAAUUGCGCCUGUAAACAUUAGUAAUGGAUUAGCUUGGAAUGCUGCCAAUAAUAAACUAUAUUAUAUUGACACGCCUACUUUACAAGUAGCAGAAUAUGAUUACGAUAACGAGUCCGGCUCUAUUUCAAAUAGACGUACAGCUUUUGAUUUGAAAGAUCACCCUGAUGUUGCUGGAAGUCCCGACGGUAUGACCAUUGAUGAAAACGAUAAUCUCUGGGUUGCGUUGUAUGGCGGCGGAUCUGUUAUUCAUGUUAAUCCUAGCACUGGAGAAUUGUUACAGAGAAUUGCUCUCCCAGCCAGAGAUGUUACUUCUACUAUGUGGGGAGGUCCUAAUCUAGAUAUUCUCUUUGUAACAACGUCAAGAGUCUCUCUUACGGAAGAUCAAAAGAAAUUUUAUCCAGAUGCAGGCAGCGUAUUUGCUAUAACAAACCUUAAAACAAAAGGUAGAGCUGUAUUUGAUGCUGAUGUGGUUGAUUCUGUUUAAGUUAGAGUGACGGUAGUAAAUUAAUUUUUGUGUAAAAUGUUGUGUUGUAUGGCUUGAAAAAUACAUUCUUAUAAUUUUUUAA